GUUGGAGCUGCAUUGCUGAGCGCUGUUUGGGACCCCUGGUUGUGGAUUUUGGGGGCAGUGCUAAAUUCAAAUCUGCUCGGGCUCAACACACGCCUCGUUUCGAGCUGCGCCACUGUGCUCCAGGUUUUCGCGCAGAGCGAGAAACGAAACGCACACGGGAUGCUGCGAGGAGAAACACAGCAACUCCAGUUCAGUUCGAGGAAAUAUGACUUUGCUCAGUAGAAAUGAUGGAUGCGAUAGACUCCGUUGAUCCAUACAGCCGACCAGCGCGCAGGACACAAUGGAUAGUCAGCACCCUGGCUUACCAUUACGGACUGGACCGGGGAGUGGAGAACGAGAUUAUUGUUUUGGCCACCGGGUUGGAUCAGUAUCUGCAGGAGAUUUUCCACCACAUGGACUAUCAAGGUGCAGGCAAAAUCCCCGUGGAGGAGUUUAACAUCCUGUGUGAAGUUUUGGGACUGGACAAAGACUCGGAGGACACAGAAUGCGUCGACGUUUUGGACAAUUUGCCCAGCGAGCUCACCUUCAGACAGUUCCACGCCAAACUGUGCGGGUACUUCAGCACUAAGGCUGGCUGCCAGUAUGAGAACGGCCGGCUGCUGGUCGGGAUGGACAGCGAGCACAUAGAGACUCAGAUCCGCUUGAGGAGCCCGCUGAAGCGCCGAGAGAAGCUGUUGUCUGUGGGAGCGAGCAGCGGCCCCUCUCCUCUCCCGGAGGGGCGGCACGCCUCCGGCUGCAGGCUUGGCUCCUGCACCCGAGAGUGCUACGAGGAGAUCGUGGCCCUGGAGGAAGCGGAGGAUCGAAUAGCCAAACUGGAGGAUGAGAAUGCAAGUUUGAGGGAGUUGAUCGAGGACAUGCGUGCCGCACUUCAGAGCAGUGAUGCCCGCUGUUUGGCUCUGCAGGUCGGACUGUGGAAAAGCCACUCCAAACACAAAGCAGACGAAGGCUGUUUUGUCGCUCGCCAGAAGCAAGCCAUGCAGAAAAAAAUGGCCAACACCAACCUGAAAAGCUUACAGAACAUAAUCCACGAAAUAGAGCUGCUGCGUAGCUCGCAAGAUCGGCAGGUGGAGGAAGCCAUGCGUUGUAAUCAGAGACUGGAGCAGGAACUGUGGAGCUCUAAAGAGACUGUGGCUGCGUUGGAGGACUGCAACAGGGCACUGAAGAAGGAGCAGGUGGCCAUGAGAAGGAAGGUGGAGGAGGCCCGGCAGGCGCUGCUCAGCGGACUGGGUAAAGUGAAGGAACUGGAGGCAAAGGCAAAUCAUGUAUCAGCACUGCAGAGACACAUCCUUCAGCUGGAAUCAGAGCUCCUCUACUACAGGUCAGAAGUGUCGAAACUACAACUCCCGGGCAGCACCAGUGCAGAGCAGCAACUGAGUGUCGGCAGCAGGCCAGGACAGAGAUGCUGCCUGGAUACCCAGCACGACCGCUGUUCCCCGACAGGAUGUGCUGUAACGACUCCAGACAAGAUGGAGGAGCAGCUGUUUCGGUCAGUGGAGGGCCAGGCAGCCUCUGACGAAGAGGAUGACAAGUGGACUGGAGAUCAACAGAGACAAGUGGAUGAGGUGAAGAGGAUCUUAGCCAGGCUAUCCUGCUGUGGGGAAAGGUGCGAGGACAAGGCAUUCAAGAAGUUAAUGUCUAAUUUCGGGAGCUCGAGAAGCGAAGAGAGCUGCAGUGCUGUGUUGGAGCUCCUUGAGAGAGUGACCAGGUUGCAUAAGCAGCUGGAGCUGAAGGAGAGCCAAGCUGAGAUAAACAUGGACCAGAUGAAGGACUCCCUGAUGCAGGAGCUGCAGCAGAAGGCUGAGGAGACUGAGCUGCUUCAGAUGGAGCUGCAGAUGCUGGAGACAGAGAGGGUCCGUCUGUCUCUGGUGGAGGAGAAGCUCGUGGACAUCCUGCAGCUUCUCCAGCAGCUCAGAGACCUGAACGUCUCACGGAGGUCUCUCGGGAAAAUCUUGCUCAGCACUCUGGAGUCUUGCAGUGACCCGCAGCACGGCAAGGCCCAUAUUCUGGAGGUGCUCAAUGCCCUCUAUCAUGAACUUACUGCUUGUGAGAUUCUGUCUUCUGGUAGACCUUUGGAAAAGACACACAGUCAGCAGUCUCUUGAUGCCCUCAUCAUCUCCUGCUAAACAAGACUGCCUCCUGCUGGCCUCGGAAAAUGCAAGCGUCUUUUUGGAGGACACUGAAAGCUCAAUAGUUUUGAUAUAUGAAGCUGAUUGAUGUGUAUAGUGUAUUAUAUUAUGGCGAUUAUAAGCCUCUUGCCCUGUAUCUAUAAAGGGAUGUUAAUCUAGAAUUAUUACAUAUAACUGAAAUACAUGCUCACAGAUUUCUUUAAAAGCUUUUAUUGCACAUAAACUUUCAGGAUGCAAAAAAAAAUUGUUUCAUUUGAACUUUUCCACAAAAGAUAUGUAAAUGUGAAAAUUCAGAAGUGAGUUUAACUUUAACAGGACAUAGUGCUCAACCUCUGCUGGUCAACCUCAACCUCAGACAUAACCAUUCCACAUCUGCUUUUUAAGAUGAAAUAAGCUGAAAAGAUGAUAGGCUACACAAACUGUAGAGAAAUAUGCAAUCUACAGUGUAUUUUACCAUCUCAGGAGACCACACAUGCUUUUAUUUUGCAGCCCUUAGGAUGCCUCCGCGUUGGGAGAUAAUGUGGGAUCAUUAGCCACUUUGUAUCUAACUGUGUUGACAUGGUCAUCUGUGACUAUUAAGCGAUAAAUAAAAAAGCCUCUGCAAAUCUGUUUGUCUGGAUAGAAAAUGUAUUUCUGCUCAACUUACUCAAGUUCCUCUUACUCACUUUUUGAACACAACACAUAACACAGUCUUCAUCAGCAUUACUAAUCACCUGACAAAUUGGACAGAGCUAAUGGCACUGGUUGUCUUCUAGCUGCUGACAACACAUACUUAUCCUGCCACAUCUUAAAGCUGUAUCUCAUGAGCGCACUAUUUAAUCUGGAAUUCACCAUUUUUGCCUCUUCUACUGAAAUCAUUUUAAAUAUUUCUUUUAACAUCAACUAUUAGUAGCCUACAUGCAAUCAUAGACUAUAUCAGCGGUCCCCAACCCCCGGGCCUCGGACCGGUACCGGUCCGUGAGUCGUUUGGUGCCAGGCUGCGAGAGUUGAGGCUCAGGUGUGAAAUGUAUGGUUUUCAGGGUUUUUAUCGAUUUUCAGCGUUAUUUUGUUAUCGUUUUUAUCGUUAACUCGGUUUUCCUGGGUCUUUUCACGUGUGUUAUGAAUAAAUCUUUUUUUUUUCGGUACCGGUACUAGUUUUAUUUUGUUGUAUUUAUCCGCGACACCUUAAAGGCCGGUCCGUGAAAAUAUUGUCGGGCAUAAACCGGUCCGUGGCACAAAAAAGGUUGGGGACCGCUGGACUAUAUAACAAAAACAGGCUAUCAACAACUUAUUUUGGCAAACUUUAUCUUCUAAGAAGUAAAUAAUACUUACUAUACCGCUUUUG